AUGCGGAAUUCCCAGAAUUUAACUGUUUUAUCGGCACUGGCUGUGACAAGAGUUUUACCAUCGGCACUAAUAUCCAGUGACCAAAUAGCACCUGUAUGGGCAUCAGUAAGCUCCUCUUGUAUCGAUGAACUAGCAAUAUCGUAUAAUGCAAGGGUUCCCUCUUUAGUUCCGGUCACAACCAGAGCAUCUCCUGGCAGAAAACUGCAACAUAAAAUGUAUCCACAAUCAAGGAAAGUUCUCAAGCAGUUGUUUGUUUUGAUAUUCCAUAGUUUCAAGGAGCCAUUCGCAGCACUGACAACCAUUUUUUUGUCAGAACUUAUGGACAAAGCUCUGAUAUCAGAACGGUGGCCAGCAAGAUCGAUAGCAUAUGAUCUAGUAUAA